AUCAUUGACUACAGAGUAGUCACUGUGCCUAUUUUGUAUGACACCAAACCAACCGCUAGAUGACACUGCUUGAAUUUUAAUUUAUCAAAUGUUAUCGACACGACAUAGCAAAGUGAAAAGUUGAAUUUUAUAAUACAAUAAAAUAUUUUAAUAUUUAUAUUUUAUGAAACAUGUCUGAAAAUAAGAAGAUCAUACUUGUAACUGGUGGGACAGGAUUAGUUGGCAAAGCUAUUCAAAAUAUUAUUGAAAUAGAUAAAAAUGAAAAUGAAAGGUGGAUAUUUGUAGGUUCUAAAGAUGCAAACUUAUGCGAUAAAGAAGGUACAAAAAAAUUAUUUGAGAAACACAAGCCUACACAUGUGAUUCAUUUAGCAGCUAUGGUUGGAGGUUUGUUCCAUAACAUGUCGCAUAAUUUGGAUUUCUUGCGUAACAAUCUUCAGAUGAAUGACAAUGUGUUACAAACUGCUCAUGAAAAUGGCGUUGUUAAAGUUAUUUCAUGUUUGUCAACCUGUAUAUUUCCUGAUAAAACAACAUAUCCUAUCGAUGAAUCUAUGAUUCAUAAUGGACCACCUCAUCCAUCAAACUAUGGCUAUAGUUAUGCCAAGCGUCUAAUAGACAUAGCAAAUAGGGGUUAUUAUGAACAAUAUGGUAGACUCUAUACAAGUAUUAUUCCAUGCAAUGUAUUUGGUCCAAAUGAUAAUUUUCAUCUUCAAGCAAGUCAUGUUAUACCAGGCUUAAUGAGAAGACUUUAUGAUUUAAUAAAAGAUGGAAAUACAGAAGAUAAAACAUUUACUAUAUUAGGUUCAGGAAAACCUUUAAGGCAAUUUAUUUACAGUUUAGAUUUAGCUAAGUUAAUAAUAUGGGUGUUGAGAGAGUAUAAUUCUGUAGAGCCAAUUAUAUUGUCAGUCGACGAGUCUCAAGAGGUCACAAUAACCCAAGUAGCUGAAGCAAUUUCAAAGGCCUUUAAUUUCAAGGGAAAAUUAACAUACGAUAGAUCUGCAGCUGAUGGACAAUAUAAGAAGACAGCAAGUAACGCAAAGUUGCGAAAAUAUUUACCAGAUUUUCAGUUCACACCAUUUAAUCAAGCCAUUCAAGAAACUGUCGAUUGGUACAUAAAAAACUAUGAUCGGGCGCGAAACUAAAGGAAGGUGUUCAAAUAUUCCAUUUGCAGUAAAUCUGGCUGUGCGAAAGGAAGAAUGAUGAUAGGAGUGAACAGACACGCGUUGCGGUAUCGCGAACGGUAACGCCGGCCGAUCGGCUUUACUGGAAAAGUUCGCUAUUUAGUGUCUGAAUUCUGCAAAAGAUAUCUGAAAAACCAUCCGUACGAUUCCCAUCCAGAUUCUGUAACAUCCGAUGAAACAUAGGAGAUGAAAUUCAAGGAAACUUGUAAUAGAAAGACCGAACGUACUCACGAAGAGUCGUCGUUCGAUGCGAUAAAACUACUUGCUAGGUGUCCGAUGUAAAAUACCCUGACACGUGUUAACUAUUUUAAUUUCGUUAGCGAGUUUCAUGACAGAAAAGUGGUUCGAUGUACGCAGCGACCGAAACAAACGGUGAGGCAAACUUCAUCGAAAAUAGUGAUACCGUUUGCAUUGAUUCAAAUGGUAAUUUGUUAUUCCUUCCAUCGAAUGAAACGCGUUAAGUGGUGAGCAUUAAGGACUCGGUACUUCGAGUAAGUAGUAAGUAUCACUAUUUGGGGAGACGUUGAUAAUUUAAUCAAUAUCGAUUGGGAGUUCAAACGUGGAGAGGAAUUAGCUGUUAAGACUGGUUUUAAAACAUUACAUUAAAUAAAUUUGGAAUAUUUACCCACUUCAAGCUUGGCUUUUGCUUUAAAAUUUUACUCUUAAAGCAGUUACGAUUCGCGUAAUCGAAAAGUUACAUCCUUUUCCUUUCAAGCUUACUCGCGACGAACAGAUCGUUUGUUAGAUUUCAUUCACGCUAUCUAAACGAGUUUCUGGCAAAAAAUAUUUCUGUGGUAAAAAUAUUUCGCCCCUCGUGGAUGAGAUCCGCAAACUUUUAACUUACAGAUAAGAAUAUUUUCAGAAAUGAUUUUGGAAACGUUUCACUACUUAAAAGUUUCAACGAUCUCUGAAGAGUUUUAGGGAGUUUGGAUCACUUACGUACGAAGUGUUACCACUCGAAUCGUAUAGAGUAGUCGAAAGGAAUAAUUUUUUCGUUCUUUUUUUUUUU